UGUGCAUUGUGCGUGUCUUACAGACCAGAAAGCUAAGAGGAAGCAAAGCAAAGCCCAUGGCCAUGCCCACAAAAUUAAAAACAAGGCAUCGCGGCAGGCCGUUGCUGAGGUAAAGGACUCUUCUUCUGCCUCAGUCAUGACGUGCCAGUCUCGUCCAGCAUCACUAGUCUCAGAGGCAGACUCCAAAGACCUGUUUGCGUCACAACAAGCAAAGCAUCCUGCCGAGGACAUCAUCAUGGCAAUCCCAGCAUUACACAGCCGGCUGCCUCCUCAGCCGUCCAGACCUAGUGGCAAAGCUGCCCCACUCCCUCAUAAAUCCUGGACUGCCCCUUUACCGCUCAGCCUACCUCCAGACCAGGCCAUCAACCCUUUAUACUCGUCGUUCUCCCGUAGUCCUUCACUCGACCCGCAGGUCUCUCAGGUUGGCCCCCCAUCACCUGCUGCUGCAGAGAAGCCUCCACUUAAAUCUGAGCAGGAAGGUGUUCCUCCUCUUCUGUCACCACUGGCCUCACCUCCUGCAGCCAUGCCUGUCACAGGAUGCCAGCCUACCUCCAGCUCUCAGUUUGAGCAAUGUAAGUUGUUGUCACCUCUGCAUGAGAGUCCAUUAACCAACAUGAGGGAUGAGCAGAGCUGCCCAGAGACACUGGAAGAGCCCUCCGUUCAGCUGCACAAAAUGCACGGAGCUAAGUACGAUGGCAGUGAGCUAUGCAAGCCUAUUCAAGAUGCCAAAUCCAACCUGCCUAAAAAGGAUAUUGUCCUAAAGCAUGCUGACUCCUGGACAAGCUUGGGGAAGAUGGCUACUCAAACUCCUUGCCAAAUCAAAUCAUCCAAGGAAAGUUUCCAGCAGUUUCGCAAAGUUGCCAUGGAGAAAGAGGAACGAGAGAGAGCUCGUAAACUGCAGAUGGAAGCUGGUCGAGAGAAGAGCAGCACAGACAAAAGCGGUCUGACGCAGCAGCUUCAAAAAACCAAGCUGGACUGCCCGCCUUCAAAGCCAGAAGUGGAGUCAGCAGAGCAUGUCCACUACGGAGAUGAAGAGUGA